AUGGCUAUUGGACAUUUUAAAGCAGUGACACCACCCAACUUUGACUCACUUUAUUAUCAAGGAUGCGCACGUCUUGAAUUAGAUAAAAGAGACGAGAUAUUUAAUGCAAUCGAAAAUUUCAAUGAAGCAUUGAAAUUGAAAAUUCCACAAUCUAAACACGAAAUAAAUAUCUAUUACAAACGUGCUUUUGCCUGUGCAUUGAUUGGUCAAUAUGCAGAAGCCAUUAUUGAUUAUACAAUAUAUAUUCAAAAAGAUGAAUCAAAUGCACAUAAAGGAUAUUUAAGUCGAGGUCUUGUUUACAGUGAAAUAAAACAAUAUGAAAAUGCACUGAAAGAUAUACAAAAAGCAAAUGAUUUAUUAAAGUGCUCAAAGUACUAUACAUAUUGCUUGGCAAAAGCUAAAGCGUUUCUUGGGCAAGUUGUUGAGGCGAAAAAAGAUUUCGAAAGUCUUAUCAAUACGUGUGCUUCUGAAUGCCAAACACCUGAGAAAAAUUUUGAUACUCAUUACUAUUAUGGACUUGCUUUAUACGAAAGACAAAGAUAUUCUGCUGCAAGAAAGCAAUUCGAGGAAGCAUUGAAGUUCCCCAAGAAUAAACAAGAAGUCAAUGCGCUAUAUUAUAGUGGUUUAACUCUGAAUGCACUUGGAGAUAUUAAAGGUGCAACAGAAAAACUGGAAGAGGCAAAUAAAUCGAAUGAAAAUCAUAUAUCAUCCCUUAUUCGACUUGCAAUGAUCACAAGCGAAAAUGAUGACUUACAAUCAGACGCUUUGAAGUAUUUAAAUCAAGCCCAUAAUGCGGCUCCUCAUAGGAUGGAUGUAUUGUACAUUAGAGGAGAACUUCAUCGUAAGAUGGGACAAAUCGGAGCAUGCAUACGUGACCAUCAAUUGGCGUUGCAACUAGAAGAAAAAGAAACUAAUUCAUUGGCUAUGAGACAUGACUACGAGGUAUGA